ACCACGCUUGAGUCAUGCUAAACUCGUGCUCUAGUGUGUUCUUCCUCCUGUUCUCGUCGCCUUCCUCCGCGUCUCGACGUAUCACCUUGUCCAGGAGCUAGCCCGUGCUCGAAUACGUCUCCCUGCAUCGAUUCCCCGCCCUGAAUCACUGCCGUAUGGUCGCCGUCGUCGCGCCCGUGCCAUGCCCAGCCACUGACCUCCAUUAAAGCUCGGUCGGGAGCUCGCUCGUGAGCUCCAGAGACUUCCCCCGCGCCUAUAUAUAGAUGCCCCCACCUCUCCCGCAGCUCCAAAGCCCCUCCCACGCCUUUCCCGACCACCGGAGCCCUCAGCUCCCUCUUCUUUUCGCCGGAGAUCGCCACGGCCGCCUCGGUUCCUCCUCGGCCCCGAGCAGCCAAGUCCCUCUCCUCUCCUCUGGUGUUGUCCACCAUGUCCCUCUCCUUCCCGCGGUCCUCCCAUCCCCACGUGUUCGUCUCCGGAGCCUCUUUGGCCGCAAGCCCCAAGUCCGGCCGUCGUCUCUGUCGUUCGGCCGCCUCUCCGUCCGGCCUCCCCAAGCCCCCUCUCGCCUCCCCGACUCCACCUGCGUCUCCCCCUCCUUCCGUCGAGUCGCCCUGCCCUCUCUCCCUCGCCUCCCCGUCGCCGGAAGCACCCUGUCACCGUUGCCCGUCCGCCUCUGCCUCCCCAUGGCGCCGCCCCUCGCCGUCAUUUCGCCUCUCCCCAGGACCUCCUCUCUGCGGGACGGGGGCGUCGGAGCGAGCCGCACCCGCUGGUGCCCUCACCUCGGCCGGAGGCGGCGGGGCCAGCGCCGGCAGCGCCCUGCCCGGGCCCCUUUGCUUCUGUCGCGAGCGAGCCCUCGGGAGGAAGAAGACGACCACGCUGGGCCCCCCUGCCGCAUGGGACCCCCCUGUAAGUGGCUAAGGCCAUGGGUCCACAUGGAUAAGUGGACACGUAAACAGUUUGCAGGUCCUGCCGGAUUUAACUGCUUGUAUGCCGUGGAUUCUUUGUUUGCGAGCUAGGAUACGUGUUCCAGCCAGAGUCCCUGUGGAGUGGAGUUCACCACCGUCGUUGCUAUUUCGCUGCUAGAGUUAUUCCACUGCUUCGUGUUGUUCUGCUGCUUGCAUAGAGCAACCGUGGCAGGCGUACUGUCGCCUUGCCGAUGUAAUUCCUUGUUAUAUCGGAAUCCCCUUGUACCCAUUAUAGAUUGUAAUAAAGAGCCGAUUUAUUGUAUGCUAAGCAGUGCCGUA